AUGACGGCCUUCAAGGGAAUAUGGACAAGGCAAUUCUGGACCUCCAUGGCUGGAGAAUUCCUGGCAGUUUUCCUGUUUUUGGUUAUAAGUUUAGGAUCAACUGCAGGGAUGAACAUACCUGGUCCUACGGAUACUCAUAUUGCCUUCUGCUUUGGACUGAGCAUUGCUAUACUGAUUCAUUGCUUUGGACACAUAUGUGAAGCUUUCUUGAACCCUGCUGUGGCAUUGGCUAUGAUAUGUACCAGAAAAAUAUCGGUGGCCAAAGGACUAUUUUACAUUGUUGUCCAAUGUGUGGCCGCUAUUGCCGGGGCUGGAGUGGUCGCUCUCAUUACUCCACACGAAAAAUGGCCGGUUGGGGUCACCAAGGAACAUGAGACUAUUUCACACGGACAAGCCCUUCUAGUGGAAACCAUUAUCACGUUCCAACUGGUCUUCACUAUAUUUGCUUCUUGUGAUAAGAAAAGAAGUGAUAUCAAAGUGCCCAUACCUCUCAUCAUUGGCUUAUCCGUCACCAUCGGACACCUCUUUGCAAUUCAGUACACUGGAGCCAGCAUGAACCCCGCCAGAUCACUCGGAACCAGCGUUGUCUUUGGCAAAUGGGAAAAUCAUUGGAUCUACUGGAUCGGUCCAAUGAUAGGUGGCAUACUUGCCAGUUUUAUCUAUGAAUAUUUGUUCUGCCCAGAUCCUAACAAUAAACUAAAGAGGCAGGUUAGUUUCAGGACAAGACCAAAUGAAGAAGACUCUCAGCAGCUGACAGUGGGACCAGGAGGAGAAUAUAACAAAUUGGAGACAACUGCAUAACAUUGCCAGAUUUAUAUUUGAUCGCUGCUGUGCGUACUAUGGACUGAGAGCACUCAAAAGUGGUCAUUAGGAGAGAGAAUUGCUGAAAUGCCACUGGUUAUUUAUUCUGGGACACAUAUUGCAUUUUAUCACUGCCCCGCUAUUAUUGAGAAUUUUAGAGUAUAAUAUAGGCUAGUUUUACAUCUGUGGCAGGCUGUGCUGGAGUUCUCCCGAUCCGGCAUUGUCGGAUACUGCCAGCUGCCCACUAGACGCCAUUGACUAUAAUUGUGUGCAGCAGAGAUCCAUCCGCAACGUUUUUGGUCCAACCGAUUCCCGGCAUUCUAUGCCAGAACAACCUGACAUAGAAUACAACCCCAGAUGUGAAAGUGAAAGUAGCUUAUAUUUUAGAAUGUAUCGAAAAUGUUUCCAUUGC